AUGGCGGCCAGACUUCAUGCUGUCCCUCAGGAUAAUACUGGCUCAUCACUCCUGGCCCAAUUUCCUCCGACUGUAACUCUAGACUCUCCCGUUCUUGCUUCAUCUAUAACUCUUCCUGAUCAACCUGUGGUUGCCUACUAUGUGUUCUCCGGCUCGCCGUCCACAAACGCGGCGGAUCACCUCAACCUCAUUGAACUUGCGCGAAGGAAGGUGUUGGCACAGAAUGUCAACCGCGGUAUCCUUGACUCGCUCUUGCCAAGCGUUCAUAUCACCAAGGAUGCCUCCAAGCUGUACGUAUUUGGACUUGCGUCGCAGGACGUACCUUCUCCAACGAGUGCUGCUCUUGCGGCGUUACAGUUUGAGGGCUUAUCUCUAUCUGAUAAUUCCACGUUCACGACAAAUUCUAUUUACCCAUGUUCUGCCGCGUGCUCUAUUCAGACUGCUCCGUGCCCCGAAUGUCUCAAGCCAUUCCCAAAGACGGCGCGGUCCGCUUCUUCAGCUGCACAUCUACUCCCACGAAAACAUCUCCGCAUGCCAUUCCAUCACUUCCUGAGCGCUGUGCGGGAUAGGCUCAUCGACGAUAUAACCGAAACCUCGAAGCUGAACCCGAAUUCUAGGCAAGCUAUAAGGCUCAAGGACGGCUUCAUCCUUGGUCCUGCGGCUGCAUCUUCGGAAUGGAGCGCCGGUUGGGAGCAUCAUGCGCGGAGCCGUCCUCUGGUGUUCACCCAUCUUCAAGUUCAUCUAUCGCAAACACCCUUUUCUGCACGACUUCUUAUCCAUCCCGUGCUAAGGCCAACGUUCUAUUUCCCUCUCUGUGCUACGCUACCAGUUCCUUCGGGUACACCAGUCGUUCUGCUUCCAUAUGGUAUACCCGCGUAUUACCUGAAUACGUACACUGGUCCCGCGUCCGCCUUGACUGCACCGUUCAAUGAUGCUCUCGUCGGUUUGGGCGCGGGCGAAUGGAAAGGCGCUCAUACGAAAAGACACGUGCAAUCCGAUGCUAGUACGUCGUCUACGACUUCGUGCGAUAGGAAGGAUCCUUCCUAUAUCAUUGCAUGGCUGGCUGUUCAGAACAAGCAGGGCGAGGAUAAAGGCAUGCCUAUCAUCUGGCCAGCACGUCUCUGUCUAUCGUACCACCCGAACUCACCGUCCCCGCAUGCGCGCACACCCCUGGCCUACAACCCCGAGCUUCCGGCGCAGCUGCAAGCAUCACCUCCACCUCCACCGCCAACAAUACCUCAGAAGCGAGACCCGCUCUCUACACCCAUUUCCCGCCGGCCUCGCACCGUCACGUCCUCGCCAACAACGGAAUCCCUACGUGCUUUCCGAACGCUGACACUCACCGCGAACCCAUCUCCCCGAGAUGUAAACAAGGUUGCUUCGGAAGUGAGCGGUUAUGUUGACUCUGUCGCCAAGGAGCGCGAGAGGGAGCGCGAGCGAUUGAAACGAGAAAGGGAAGGGACUACCACCCGCGGGAGAGCCACAAGCACAAGUGGGCCUACGUCUACCUCAACUCCGUCUGCUGUUGUGGACCAACCAACCCCGGGUUCUUCGAGCGUCACAGCUCCUCCUCCAGAGGCUAUGGUCGACAUCGCACAUGGAACUCCGGCGGCGGAAGAUAUUCUCAUGGACGAAGACCUUCCCUCGUCGCAAGACUCGACGGACUCUUUGUUCUCACCACCUGCCGGUGAAAACACGCCUCCUCCAGAUGAUGUUAUGCAUUCCUCCUCGGAUUCAGAGGUGAAAGCGGAGCGAAUGGACGUGGACACAAUGCCUAUUCCCAUCGAACCGGCCCCGCAUACGGAUGUCUUGUCGAAUUUUGAUCCGUUCAAUGGUCUGGACGCAUCAUGGAACCAGCCGUCCAACACAUUCCUCGACAUGGGAUAUGACAUGGGUUUUAACAUGAACAUGGACUCGCUAAGCGAAUCGCGUAUGGGCCGGAUAGGCGAUGGUGACUUCGACAUGGACGAAGGGUUCGGCGAUUUCACGGACGAAGAUUUCAGUUUCUUCGACGCCCCGACAACGCAAACCCGUUCUGUGCCGAUUCCUGUUCCUCCUAUCAGACUAGACAAUACUAUUCACGUCAACGAAGGUUUGACUCCUACUGCAGGGGCUGCGUCGCUGGGAUACUCACCACAUCCAAUUGGUGACGACCUUUCCGGUCCGGGACCACCUGUUGCGGCAAUGUCACUGACAUCGUCAUGGGCAUCCAAUCUCACAGAAGCAUUAACACCCCAUCUUGGCGAUGUUGUGCCACCUGCUCCAGAACUGCUGCCACCGUCGCCCUCGAAGACACCAUCUUCAUAUUCGGCGCCUGCCACACCCGCUGUGCAGUUAUCAGAUGGCUUCGGAGCAGACGAUACUUCUAUACCAAGCGGUCCGAGAAUCUUCGACCCCAUUCCUUUUGCCCCUAGUCAUAGGAUUGCCGACGGUAAGUAUGCUGUUGGGAAGUUCGCAUUGGCCAGUCCGAACAACAUGGAAGAUACGAUGGAGACUAAGCUGUUCCCUUCCUCUGCGCCGUCUGCAUCAACAGGGUGGAAGUGGAAGUACGGUCUUGCGACGGACCCACGGAUUGGCGUGAUGCGCAGACUGGUAGGGAUGAAGCGGAAGGUUCUGGGACAGGGCAAGAGAGAACCCCCAAUGUCGCCAUCUUGGGUUCGGGAACAUGAAGACUGGGAAAGCAGCACGCCGAGCCCCUGGGUUCAAGAUAGCAAAUCGGACGGCGAGUCCGAAGACGAUGAGCCAUGGGUGGACGACGACGAUGCAGCCACUAUCUCGCGUCCCUCAACGCCUCCACCAUCAUACUUACCUUUGGGUCCGACUUUACUACAGACUCAGUUCCAUCACUCACGGCUCUUGCCUCUGAGUUCGCCUCUUAGACCCCCAGGUGCUGUUGUGAGCAGUACUCCAUGCAGCGCCCAUCCGACUUCAGUGCCUACGCCUGUCUCUCCAGCUGCUAUUUUAGGAGCGGCAUCCGAGAAGUCUAAAUCGCUGGAAGCAGCAGCACAGUUACUAGCAGCUGAGAUCGUCGAAAACCCGGUAUGGGCAGAUGCGUGGCGCGCAAACGCUGCUGUCUCGAUGGCCGCAUCCAGCCUCCCUGUGGACAUAUGGCAUGUCGACGUCAACAGAGUAGCCACACUCCUCGAUAAUGUCGGGCCAACACUGAGCACUGGGACGCUCCGUGCAGUGUACUCUCCAGUGUGCAAGUCUGAUGCUAUUGUUCAGGUCAUGCCGACUGCUUUGCGAUUCUGGGAAAAGUUAGGCUUAGGCCCCAAAGCUGGCCUAAAGAAUGUUACCGCCUUCGUCUUCUAUGAAGCGGGAGGCCCAGAAAGGGAGUCACAGAUAGCUGCUUGGAUAGAUCAAGUUUCAGCGACAUACUCCGCAAGAAAUUAUGGCGGCCAUGCCGUGGGGGUGUCUACUAGUUGCUCAAGGCCAGGGUUGGUUCCGAUACGCCUUGAUCAAGUCAAGAAGACUUUGGGGACUUUACAGCCAUCUCCACAGGAUCACCUCGUCUUCUAUAUCAUUACCCCGUCAUCUACCAGCGCACCUGCCUCCUCUACCCUUCGGCCAUUGUUCUCGGCCAUCAAGCGUGCGCUCAAGGCAUAUCCGGACUCUGGAAUCCUCUUUCAUCUCGUCCCGGAAGCCCACGUGAAUGGUGGGCUAGACGAUCCGAACGUCGUUCAUGGAGGACUCGAGAUCCUUGUCGCCAGCGUUUAUGAUCGCAUUCUACAGCCAGUGGAACGAGCCAUGUCGAGGAGACUAUUUGAUCUGACUCCUCGCACUCGUGCAUGCUUCCAUGCCCCAGCAUUCGCCUUAGCAAGUGGUUUCUCCGCGAUGACAAGACACAGCGGUCCACGAGUGAGCUAUACGCUCGAAUCGCAUCCUAGCUCUCUCGAUGUUGUGGAUCGACAUACCCUGCUGCAUGUCGGAUAUCGGAUCUCUUCGUGCAGACAAUGGCUGCUCGCAUCGUGCACAGAUGAACGAGGGGAUGAAUAUGACUGGGGGGCCUGGCUGCUUCCUGCGGAGUCUGUCGAAAGUUUCAUUGUCUCUCAGAUCUGGACUUUCACUCAAGCGUUUGCGGGUCGAGCAAACGUGGAAUGGAGGGUUGGCAUCGCUAAGGUGGGAGCUAUGGGGGAGAACGAACUCGAAGCUUGGGUAAUACACCUUCAAGACGUCAUAGCAGCCGCAGCUGCAGCGCCUCCGAUGCACAUCUCGCUCCUUGUCGUUGAAUACGAGAACACUUGGACACUGGUCCCACCAAGCGGCACGCGAACGAUAUUUGGUUUGCCAGUAUCGUCGCGUCCGACGCCUCGGACUCCCUCAGGAUCGGUUUUGGGAGAUAUGACUUACAAAACAUAUGCAGCGUUUCCUGCUCUGGAUCUCACAUAUGUUCCUGCACUGAACUCCGCCUCAGCCGUCACUUCCACGUCUUAUCCGUCGGACAAACCGUAUAUUCCAGACUGCGAAGAAGACGAACUUCCUGCUCAUCAAUACUCUCAUCCGCGUGCGCGCAGGAUGAGCACGUUGAUUCACGUGCCAACUAGUAACGAUCACACUGCGAUCUCUAUGGUACAUGUCUAUCAACUGCAUUCAGUCAUCUCUCCACAUUCUUCGGUGACAAGAUCGGCAACAGUCACGACUGAACUCCUCGACCAGAAUCUCGACGCUGUGGAGAGUUUUGACGACGCAGCUCUGCAUGACAUCGUGCACAACUAUCACGCUUUGGCAGUUCUGGCACGGAUGAGGUGGCGCGCACCUGUCGCUCCUACUUUGCCAUUCCAUUUGGGCGCAUUAGAGAUGAUGAGAGCAGCUCUGGUGGGAAGUCCGUCAACUGACUCAUGA